UCAGUUGAGUUCUGCAACAGUCCAAUGAUACAACAUGGUAACUGAGGAAGGAGUUUCAUCACCAGCACCAUCAUCAACCUCUAACAACAACAGAAGAUGGAGUUACCAUGUUUUCUUGAGUUUUAGGGGAGCAGACACAAGAAAAGGCUUCACAAACCACUUGUAUUCUGCUUUAAAGGAUGCUGGGAUCAUAGUUUUCAGAGAUGACAAGAUUCUUGAAGUUGGAGAUGUCAUAUCAGAUGAACUUCCAAGAGCAAUCAAGGACUCACUCUCUGCCAUUGUUAUCCUCUCACCAAAAUAUGCUACUUCCACUUGGUGCUUGGAGGAGCUUCACUGCAUUCUUGAGUCCAAACUUGAAGUUUUCCCUAUCUUCUAUGAUGUGGAAGCAUCUGAUGUUAGAUACCAAAAGGGAAGUUUUGCUGAGGCCUUUGAGAAACAUGAGAAGAGGUAUGAUGGAGAUAAGGUUCAAAAAUGGAGAGAUGCCUUAACACAAGUAGCUGGUUUAAGUGGUUGGGGCUCCAAAAAAAGGUUGGAAGCAGAACUAAUUGAAGAAAUUGUCACAACUGUUUGGACAAGGCUGCAACCUAAAUUGCCAACAUUUAGGGAUGGAUUGGUUGGAAUUGAUAAGAAGAUAGAAGACAUGAACUCACUUUUAAGACCAGAUGUAAAGGAUGUUCGCUUUAUAGGCAUAUGGGGCAUGGGAGGCAUAGGAAAGACAACUCUUGCUAAAGUCUUGUAUAUGAAAAUUCGAAGAAAAUUCGAAAUUAGUUGCACCCUUGACAAUGUUAGAGAAGCUUCCGGUCAAAGACAUGGCCUGCUAAACUUGCAAAGAGAACUUCUUAGUAAGCUGAAAAUUAUGGACACAAAGAUAGAAGAUGAGUAUCAAGGAAUAGACACUAUUAGAAACUUUCUCUUCAAUAAAAAGGUUCUACUUAUUCUUGAUGAUGUAAGUGAUAUGAGCCAAUUAGAGAAUUUAGCAGAAAAGGAAUGGUUUGGUCCAGGGAGUAGAGUAAUAGUGACUACAAGAGACAUGCAACUUUUGACAUCUCAUGGAAUAUCAGAAAAGUAUGAGAUUGAUUUCUUAAACCCUGAAGAAUCGCUUCAACUCUUUUCAAGGAAAGCCUUUAAGAGAGAUGAACCUCCAGAGCAUUUUCUGAAGCUGUCAAAAGCCGUGAUCAAAUAUGCUGGAGGCCUUCCUUUGACACUCAAGCUUCUUGGCUCACUUCUUUGCGAACGAAGUGUGUCACAAUGGAAGGAGGUUUUAGAACAGAUAAAAGAAGUUCCUGAGAGUGAUAGUCUUCAUAGGACACUUGGAAUAAGCUAUGAUGGACUACCGAGGCGAUAUAAAGGACUAUUUCUAGACAUUGCUUGUUUCUUCAAAGGGUGGACUAAAGAUCAAGUGAAACAAAUACUGAAUGAUUGCGGCCGUUAUCCUCCGAUUGGAAUCGAAAUUCUUAUUGAAAAAUCACUGGUAACUUAUGAUUCAGGGGUUCUGGGGAUGCAUGAUUCACUUCAAGACAUGGGAAGGAGUAUUGUCUUUGAAGAAUCUCCUGAAAUUGCUGGUAAACGUAGCAGGUUGUGGUCUUUGGAUGACAUUGAUCAUGUGCUAAGAAAAAAUAAGGUAAAUGAAUCAACACAAGGCAUAGUACUCGAAUUAUGGCAUUUGCAUCAUGAAGCUCGCUGGCACCCUGAAGGGUUCUCAAAUAUGGAGAUCCUUAGACUACUUAUCUUGUCAAGUAACUUGCACCUUCCACUUGGCCUAAAAUGUCUGUCUAGUGGAUUAAAAGUCCUUGUAUGGAGGGAAUGUCCCUUAAACGCUUUACCACUUGGAGUCCCUCUGGAUGAACUCGUUCGCCUCGAAAUGCCUCACAGCAAUCUAAAACAACUUUGGAAUGGAAUGCAGUACUUUGCUAAGAUGAAAUCCAUCUAUUUAAGUCAUUCUCUAAGCCUGGCUAGUACUCCGGAUUUUACCGGAAUCCCCAAUCUGGAAAUACUGUAUCUUGAUGAAUGCAUAAACCUGUUUGAGGUUCAUCCAUCUCUUGGAAAGCACAGAAAGCUUGUCAAAGUGUCAUUAGCUGACUGCAGAAAUCUCAAGAAACUUCCAAGAAAAUUGGAAAUGGAAUCUCUGAAGUGCUUAGACCUCCAUGGCUGCACAAAUGUCAGAAAGCUUCCUGAGUUUGGGGAAAAUAUGAUACAUCUAGAGGAGCUCGAUUUGCACAACAUCGCCAUAGCAGAAUUGCCUCCUUCUCUUGGUCAUGUAACUGCUCUUCGCACUUUGAAUUUAGAGAGUUGUCAAAAUCUCAUUUGCUUGCCAAAAACUUUUGGCAAUUUGAAAUCUCUCACAAAGCUCAAUAUCUGCUGCUGCUCAAACUUUUCUAAGCUGCCGGAGAAUUUAAAUGAAAAUGAAGCAUUAGAAUAUCUAAAUGCAAGUUUAACUGCAUUAAGAGAAAUACCUUCUUCUAUUGUUCAUUUGAAGAAUCUUAUGUGGCUCAUUAUAGCUGGAUGUAAAGUUCAGGAAACUUCCAACUCAUGGAACAUCAUUCAACCAAUAGCACAGAUAUUCGGCUUCAAGAGUUAUCAUCCACCGAUUUCAAUGAGCUUGGUGUUGCCUCCUUCUAUAUCAGGUAUGAGAAUGUUGAAGGAAUUGAGUUUGAGAAAUUGCAACCUCCAUGAUGGAUCAAUUCCUUAUGAUCUCGGCUGCUUGUCUUCGCUCGAGCUUUUAGAUCUAAGCAAAAACAAUUUUGUAAACCUGCCUGAUGGAUGCUUCUCUAAGCUCUUCAAACUAGCAGAACUUUACAUUUAUGAUUGCCAAAGCCUUGUGUCAUUGCCUGAUCUUCCACCAAAUGCAGCACAUGUUUACUUGUACAAUUGCCCUCGCCUCGAGUCACUGCCUAAGCUUCCACCAACGGUGCAGCGAGUAGAUGCAUGCCAGAGUGUUUCACUGAAACCUUUAUCAGAUCCAGAACAAAUAUGGAGUCUAUUGGAAGCAAUUGACUUAGAGGAGGUGGAGGAUCCUGAUUCUUCAAUGAAAUUCUCUCGGUUUCGGCCUAUACUGGAGAUUCCUGGAACAGAACUUCCUGCAUGCUUUGAGAAUGAUUAUUUUGUGCCAGACAAACAAUUUCUAGAACAUUUUGGAAUUCAAUUCGAGUCGGCCGUAUCAAUAAUCCUGGAAAUACCAGAAUCUUGUAGUCAGAGUGAAUUUUGGGGAAUUGCUGUAUGCCUUGUGAUAGAAGGCAAUACAGAAUCUGCACCAUUGCAGUACUAUGAUGGCCUAUAUUGCUUUAGUCAAGUUCAUAGUGCUAAUUCUGAGGAAAAACAGGAAAUAAACAUUGAAGAUGCUGAAUGGAUUAAGUGGAUACCAAACUAUAAAUGCCCUCACAUUUUGAUGUAUUAUUAUCCUGUUAACUUUUGGCAACAUGAUGAAAACAAAGUUAAACUAAUGUUUUAUGCUAUAAACAACAAUGGCACAGGGAAUAAGAUGAUGAUUGAGGGGGGUAGUAGUAAAAAAUGUUCCAAAAUAAAGAAGUGUGGUGCACGUUUGGUAUCUAAGAUGGGUGCUGGUUGUGUGCAGAAGACACCAAAUCCAUACAGGAAGGAAGGAUUCCCACCUACCAAAAUUCCCAAAGUUACACCUGAAGGAAUGUAUGUAGCCACUGCUUAUGCAACGACUCGCAUAAGAUAACUAAUGCUUCUUUCAAUGUGUAUUUUAUAUUCCAAUAUGUAUCCUAUACAGAAUUACAGAUAAUUGAUUUGGUAGUUGAUUUUUGGUGUACACAUAGCACGAUUAUACAUACUUAU